AUGGCAGUCAACGGCAUGGACAUCACCACCCACCUCAAAAAGGGCGAAGUAAACCUCGGCACAUCCAUCAUGGCCGUCGCCUACGAUAAAGGUGUCAUCCUCGGCGCCGACUCUCGCACAACUAUGGGCUCCUACAUCGCCAACCGGGUAACCGACAAACUCACCCAUCUCUCUGAUCGAAUCUACUGCUGUCGUUCCGGCUCCGCAGCUGACACCCAAGCCAUCGCAGACAUCGUCACCUACUAUCUCGACAUGUACGCCGUCGAAUCCGGCGCUCCACCCCAAACCAAAGUUGCAGCAAACCUCUUCCAAGAAAUCGUAUACCAGAACAAGGAUCGCCUGAGCGCAGGAAUCAUCGUUGCAGGGUGGGAUAAGAAAGAUGGCGGGAGAGUGUUCAAUGUUCCAUUGGGGGGAGGAGUAUUUGAACAGCCAUGGGCAAUUGGAGGUAGUGGAAGUACGUAUAUCUAUGGUUAUUGUGAUGCGACUUGGAAAGCUGGGUGGGGAAAGGAGAAGACGAUCGAAUUUGUGAAGAAUGCUUUGGCGUUGGCGAUGAGAAGGGAUGGUUCGAGUGGUGGUACGAUUCGAUUGGUGGAUAUUACAGAAGAUGGCGUGGAGCGACAUUUUGUUCCUGGUGAUCAGUUGCCAGAACUUGCUGACAAGAUUGUAUAA